ACGUUGCAGGAACGUCUUCUGAUUGUCAGUAACGCCCCGCAGGGACUGCAGCAGCCCAGGAGGUUCACGACCUCGUCAAACGCUUCGGCUCCUACCGCGACUCGCUGUCUCUGAUCAACAGGAUCUAUUUUGAGAUGGAGUCGUCGUCGGUGGCGAUGACCGUGUGUCUUCAUUUCCAGAAGUCUCCCAGUGUAGUUCAGAACAACCCUCUGAAGUUCACCUUGCUGGUCAAGGAUAAACCAGCACCGCAGCCCCCAGCCCAGAAGACAUCUGUUGUCAGCACCAAAGCCAAGAAGAAACCAAUCAAAGGCAAGAAGCCUGUAGCUAAAGAUGUCACAACCCCAGUUAAACCUGUUACUCCCACAACUACCAGCACCAAUGCUACGGUCUCAUCCUCUCAGCCUGUUGCUGUGGCGACCAAGCAACCGGGUGACGACGUCAUUGUCGCGGAGGUCAAGCAACCAGGAAGUGACGUCGUGGUGAUGAAUUCCGACGGAAAGGCAACGGUGGCGGAGUCUGGAGGGAAAGAGGGUGGGAUUUCCUCGACUAAAGAUGGGAAGAAGAAGAACGCUCAUCCUCCCAAAGAGGAUGGAGGGAUGAAAACUGAGGAGGAGUCAAACGGAAACAAGGAAGACACUGCGACUGUCGUCGUUUCUGCUUCGUUACCUACGGUCGCCGUGUCCGCUCCCGAGGAAGAGGUCGCCAUGGAAACCCAGAGCACCGACGGCGUUGCCUCGACCAAUGAGAUUGCAGCAGGACCCAAACAGGUUCUAGCUGAGGUCCCACAACAGGGCAGUGAUGUCAUUGCGUUGGCUAGUGAAACCGUGACGACUGUGGCCACAACAGAACCUCGUCUGAUCUCCGCUGUGGAGGGAGCUGAUAAAGUGGCCAAUCCCGUCGACUCUGACACCGUUGCUGCCUUGGUACCGGCACAAACACCGGCUCCUGUCCCGGUAGAGUUAAAUGUUGAAGACAAACCUCAGGACUUUCCUCCGGUCACCGAGGAGAUCCUCAAGGCCCUGGAGGCAGCGGUGCACCAACACCGUAUGGGGAGACUGGCGGAGGAACAGGCUAAACAGGAACACAACCAGGGAGAGGGGAUCCAGGCCAAGCCUCUACCCAACCAGGAGAGCCCUGCAGCUGGGGAGACGGCGGAGAGAAAGACCCCGGCCGAGUCAGAAGAGAAGACUGGGGAGAAAGAGACGGCGAAGAAAGAGGAGCCACGACCAGAGAAGAAGUCACAGCCGGACAAGAAGACCACCGACACGAAGAAGACACCUUCAGGAUCUGGCCAACCAGACCACAAGAAUGGGAAGACCGAGGCUUCCGGAGGGAGAGGCCGGCGCCUUCCCCUUCGACGUCUAGACAGGGCAACUCCUCUAGCUCCUCUUCUGGCUCCCGCAGGAGCAGCAGACACGACGGCAGCCCCGCCAAGAAGAAGGGGAAGAAGGGGAGGAAAGAAGAAGAAGAAGAAGACGAGAGGAGCAAGAGCCUCGGUAGCAGCAGUAAAACGACCCUCUCGUCGAGGAGCAGGUCUAAAGACACGUUUCUACGUGGGAGAUGAGUUUACGUCUGACGUCAUCCCUGGUGAAGCCAACUCCUUCUAUCUGGACCAGUUCAACAUGGACCAGUUUGUUACUGUGGAUGAGGUGCAAGGGGAUGAGGCUGAGAACACCAACCCACCGCAGUCAUCCUCAUCUCCGUCGCACAAGACCCAAGAUAAGGCCUCGGAAAGGUCAAAACGAUCGUCCAAACGCAAGAUGGGUACCCCAGAUACCCCAUCUCCGAAAUCUAGCUUGGAGCACAAGGAGACACCCACGUCCUCCUCUACGCCCCCUGCUCAGAAGACUCCACGAAAAGCCUCAGCAAAAAAGGCGUCAACUAAAUCUCAACCACCUGCCACCUCUGGGCGCAAGACCAGGUCAUCAACAGCUGUUGUUGUAGCAACCGAAGCCGCAGAAACCCAGGAAGCUGCCGAUGAAAACACCAGCAUAGCCGAUACGGAGGCGGAGCCUGUUCCCUUGGAGACUCGGUCUCAGUCGGAAGAGGAAGUCGUAGUGGUCACUAAGGGAUGUGACAUGGCGGAUGUAGUACCGUCAUCCCACCACAAGAUGUCAGUGUUGGAUACUGCAGUGACCGACAACAAGGAAGAGAAAAGUGCUGUGUCAGAAAGCGAUAUGGAGACGACCGCUGAAAAACUUUCAGAGCUAGAGGGGAGCGAGGAGACGACCCAGGCUGAAAAAGGUUCCUCGAUUCUGGGUACUGAGGCUCAGAAUGGAGCCUGUCCACUGGAGCUUGGUCUGACCCAUCCGUCUGCCUCAGCCAAGGAGCGAAACCUUCAGAAGGCCCUGCAACUACUAGAGGUGGAGACGGUGUCGGGUCACCAGGUGCCCCAAUCACUUAUUGAUAAAGUACCUGAUGAUGAUGGUGAUUUCCAGAUACUCGACGAAGCUGUGGACGAUGACACACCUAGAGACGGAGAAGAGGGCAGUCAAGACACUCAAGAACAGUCUGGAUCUCUAUCUCUGGGUUACCAGGCGCCUGCAGCCUCCGGAUCUACAGAGUCCCAGGUGCCUCAAGCUACACUAGAGGAACACGAAGAGAUCUCCAACUACGAAGAAGAAGAAUCUGCUUUCCAGAUCCUCGACUCUCUAGAAGACACCGAAGACAACAUGGCCGACUCCUCUCUCGCAGGCCAAGGAGGCCGAAGAGAUUCUCUACCCAGAGAGAUGGAGGGGUUCCAGAUACUAGAUUCAGUCGACGAUCAGACGGAAACGACCCAAGUUCUGGACAACCAUAUGACUGACUCUAUAUGUCAGGGGGGCUCCAAGCCUCUAAAGGGGGGCAAGAAGACACCCCAAAAGAAGGGGAGGAAGGAGAUUAAGAAGGUAUCCAAAACUCAAGAGGUGACCAAGACCCCAACGGGAGAGUCCGAGGGGGGUACCCCGAAAAAGAGUAACCUUGUCACCUUGGAUGAGGUCAGCAAGGAGGAGGAGGAUUACCCAGAUGACGCCGCCGAAGAGGAAGAACUUAUUAAGAAACAAAAACUGGUGAAGGAGAAGCAGCGAGAGAAGGACAGAGGGAAGGAGAGAGAGAAAGGGCGGAGGAGGAGUAGAGAGAAGGAACGGACGAGGGAGGAGAGGGUCGGAGUGGAUACUGAGGGCUUGGUGACUUUGGAUGAGAUCGGAGAGGAUGAAGGAGCAGAGGGGCCUUGCCUGGAGCCACACCCCUUCAGCCAGGAGGACGAAUCAGGAGACACCUUCAACCCAGAGACUCUGGUAACCCUGGAUGAGGCUGGAGGUGAUGGGGAGGAUGAUGAGGAGGAAGAGCAGAACAAGAGUCCUGAACCAGCGCAGAACCAGCAAGCUGACCACACAGCUGAUGCUACAGGGUCUCCUGGUGCAGAGGACGACGGCAGGGGCAUGGAGGAAAUCAGGAGAAUGGACUUUGUGACCGUGGAUGAAGUGGGAGAGGAGGAGGAGGAGGAGGAGGAGGAGGAGGAGGAGGCUGUUACCACAAGGAAAGGAGCCAGGGGAAGGAAGAGGGCCCGACAGACCUCUGCCAGGAAACCAGUGAAGGUGAAGAAGGUGAGAGUUAAAGAAGAGGAAGAGGAGGAGCCUCGGGCAGAUACGACUCCUCCCACUGACACAGCUUCUGUUGACGCUCCCUCCUCAUUGCUCCAAGUCGCUGUGACCUCAGAGGUGGACGCCCAACCAGCUGCCUCGGUCCCAGACCUCCAGGAGAAAGAGAGGAAGGCUGAUACCCCGGCAGACCAACCCAGCCUGGAGGCCUCCUCAGCAGGGCAGGAGAGGCAGACGAACCCCCCUGAGAACCAGAGUCUGGAGGGGAAACGGGAGACAACAGAUAUCAGUGUUGGAAAAGCUUGGACUGACUCCACGACACCACAAGAAGACAGUGAACAGAGAAGAGAGGAGGAAGAGGAGCCUGAAUUAAAACGUUGUCGUUCUGAGUCUCCUCUGAUCACAGACUUCAAACUGCCUUCCUUCAGCCCUCACAACCCUAUAGGCCAGGACUUUGUGGUUCCUAAGACAGGGUUCUUCUGUAGGUUGUGUUCUCUGUUCUACGGGAACGAACACACAGCCAAGAAGACCCACUGCAGCAGUCUGCAACACUAUCAGAACAUGCAGAAAUACUACCUGGAAGGAAGUUUCGUCUCCAAAUGACCCCCUGGAUGUUUCCCAAAAGGCACCCUAUUCCCUACAUAGUGCACUACUUUUAGACCAGAGCCCCAUUCCCUACAUAGUGCACUACUUUUAGACCAGAGCCCCAUUCCCUACAUAGUGCACUACUUUUAGACCAGAGCCCCAUAGUGGUGCCAUUUGACUCCCAACUCAAUCAAUCUAUAUUUCUAAUUUGUGUGUCUGAAACAACUGUAAGUCUGGUCAUAAUACUACACUCUAUGGGGAGACAGUGGAUCUGAGUACAGGAGUGUAGAUCCAGGAUCAGUCCCCCCCCCCCAGUCCAUAUAGUUAUAGAGCAGUC